GCGAGUCCCAUGACAGGCACGUGCCUAUUUUAGCACGCGUGCGCGUUCACAGAGAGCCGCGUCACCGGCAGUCCGAAUCUGAACUGUAGUUAUAAAGUCUGGCCCUUUUGUUAUUGUGACAAUCAUGUCAUGACUAGUUUGCCAAGAGCUGUUUUUAAGUUUGUGUCCGAGUCUAUAGUAGAGUCGAACAACAGUAGGCAGGUAAACCUUGCAAGACGAUCACGGGGAGGUGCUGGGCAAGAAACCGAUCACCGGGCUUUGAAGAUUGUGCUGUUGUACUAUUGCAACUGAGGAUGGCUGGCGGGAUAACAGAAACCGGAGAACUGUACUCUCCCUAUGUAGGCCUGGUGUACAUGUUCAAUCUGAUCGUGGGGACAGGCGCGCUGACGAUGCCGAAAGCCUUUGCCACCGCUGGCUGGGUGGUCAGCCUCGUUCUCAUCACAUUUCUGGGGUUCAUGAGUUAUGUAACAACAACAUUUGUGAUUGAAGCCAUGGCUGCUGCGAAUGCACACUUGCGCUGGAAGAGGAGAGAGCAGCAGAAGUUAGAUGACAGUGAUUCCCCAUUGGAUGAUUCCGAUGAUGAAGUGAUGGUCAGGGAUAGAUUUGAUCGAUCAGAGACCCGCCCCAUCCUCUCCAUCCAGCGAGGUAGCUCUGAUGAUCACUUUGACAUUGUGGAGCGGGUUGAGAUGGGUCAGAUGGCCUCCAUGUUCUUUAACAAAGUGGGUGUCAACAUGUUUUACAUCUGCAUUAUUGUCUACCUCUAUGGAGACCUGGCGAUCUAUGCAGCUGCUGUACCCGUUUCACUGAUGGAGGUGGCAUGUGGCAACCAUUCCUGCAGUGCUGGGAGUAAUAUCAACUACAACGACACAGAUCAAUGCUGGGGACCAGUCAAACGCAAGGAUGCCUACAGGAUAUUUCUGAGUGUGUUUACCCUUCUCCUGGGUCCUUUCGCCUUCUUCAAUGCUCAGAAAACAAAGUAUCUGCAGAUCAUAACAUCACUCAUGAGGUGGAUAGCUUUCAUCAUCAUGAUCAUCCUGGCGCUGCUGCGUAUCGGGAAGGGGCAGGGUGAGGGGCACCCCCCGGCUGCCAAGAUGAUGGGGAUCCCCAACCUGUUUGGUGUGUGCGUCUACUCCUUCAUGUGCCAGCACUCCCUGCCCUCGCUCAUCACGCCCAUCUCCAACAAGAAGAAGGUCAGCGGGCUGGUCCUGCUCGACUACAUCCUCAUCCUGGCCUUCUACAGCUUGCUCUCCUUCACCGCCAUCUUCUGCUUCAACAACUCCUUCUUGAAAGACAUGUACACCCUCAACUUCACAGACAACUGUGAUGUCAUCAAUGUGGCCUUUCUGCGCUACUUCCUGGGGCUCUUCCCCGUCUUCACCAUCAGCACCAACUUCCCUAUCAUUGCCGUCACACUGUGCAACAACUGGAAGACCCUAUUCCACCGUGAGGGCGGCACCUACCCCUGGGUGGUGGACCGUGUGGUGUUCCCUCUCAUCACCCUUGUCCCCCCCAUCAUUGUGGCCUUCUGCACCCAUGACCUGGAGACCCUGGUGGGGGUCACGGGCGCGUACGCAGGCACAGGGAUCCAGUACAUCAUCCCCGCCUGCCUGGUCUUCUUCAGCCGCAAGGACCUGGGCCUGAUCUUCGGGGACCGGGUCCUCAACAAGCACCGCUCCCCCUUCCACCACACCUUCUGGGUUUGGUUCAUUCUGCUGUGGUCCAUCUUCUGCUUGAUGUUUGUCACCGCGAACAUCAUCCUGACUGAAACUAAGCACUGAACCCGUGGGUUCCAUCUGACGGACUUCUGCAAAACUCGACAGGGGCCUUAAUGAAUGGUCUUUUGAUAAGAUAUUCUACAGACUAUUACAUUUUAAAGUCAGUGUGGUGAGAUUAAUAGCAGGGACCACAAAUCCAGUCUAGUCUAGAAUACUGGUUUGUUAAGGGAAUUGGAAAGGGUACUGGGAAUGAUGCUGCAAUUGGCCAGAUUAGUGGCCCACCAAAGCAGUAUGUGCUCACUUAACUGGUCUUUCUACAGCUUUGCACUGUCCUCUCUUAAAGACUUUUAUAUAAUCUCUGUGUCAAUAUUCUGUCCUGUAUUGAACUUCACUAUAAGAUUAAUAAUCCUGCAAGCAUGCUAAUGAAUCUUAAAUGUUUUCCAUAUGAAAAGAAGGUUUUGCAAACAAGGACCUGCAUCUGUAAUCAAAUUGCUGAUUUUCUUCCAGCUCAAGGUACAAAGCAGGAAAUUCUUUAAUAGCCACAACCCCACACAACACGUCUAGUAAAGCAGGACAGAGGGCUCUGUUUUCAUGAUCCAAGCAGCCGCUGAUCCCAUUGUGAAGUGAUCAGAAUCAACACUCAAAAUACAUUUUACACGCCAUGCACAUCUAAUCACAUACAGAUAUUAAAAUUAUAGGUUUGAAAAAAGGUUUGUGCCGAUAAAACAUGGAAAUGUAUUGUAAUGGUCCAAUCAUGAUUUUUGUAUUGUGCAGUUGAUACGGUACAUCUGUGCAUGCUUGAAAACCUAAAUAGGUAUUUUGUGAAGCUAUAAUGGGGCGUAAAAUGAAAUCAGUUAACCAGUAUGUAAAAGAAAAUGAGGAUUUGGUUGAAACCAUAAAAGAAAAGAUAGAAAUCCUAUGCAAGCACUGCAGAGUUGUAAUUCCUGAGAGAAGUCACACAGUGUACAGUGUACAUGCAUAUGAUCUGUUUCCAGGAGUUCUGUUUGCAAUGGGACCUGAGUUCUCCUUCCUCAACCCUACUAAGCAGACAUCUGCACUUCUACACAGUGAGUUAGACUUCUUAUAAUUCUGAUUCUGCACGAUAGAUGUGUGUAAUAAUGAGUGCUUGGAAGCGGAAUUCAGCGAAAAAGCCCCGGACCAAAUCAAAAGUAAAAAAUGAAAAAUUCAAGCCCUACUCAUAAUGGACAACAGUGGACCUGUACUUUGAAUAAAAAUGUUUGGCUUCAAAGUGUAAAUGUGCCUUUCCUGGAUAAAUCUUCUUUUCCCAUAAAGUGACGCUUUGCUGCA